AUGUGGAAGAGCAGGAUGGCCUCUUAUAAAGUGAUUGAUUCAUCUUCACAAUUUAUUAUUGGUGAUCUGGAUAUUCCUCUCAUUGGUAAAUGGAGGAUUGCUACUUCUUAUGGCAGUAAAGAAGUACACAAAAGAAGAGAUCUCUGGAAUGGUUUGGAUCCUCACAUUUCUAUUGAUUUUCCUUUAAUCAUUGGUGGGGAUUUUAACUGUUUUCUUUCUAAAGAAGAGAAGAAAGGAGGUAGAAGAUUUAAAAUGUCUUUAGGACCUAAAGAUAUGAAAUCUUUUUUGAUUUCUAAUAAUCUUUAUGAACUUAAAUUCAUGGGACCUAUGUUUACUUGGAGUAACAAUAAGAAAGGGCUGGACCGGAUUAUGGAAAGAUUGGAUAGGAUGAUUGUUAAUUCUUAUUCUGUCAAUACUAAUGAACUUCUAGUGGUUAAGCAUCUUCCUAGAAUCGCAUCUGAUCACUACCCUAUUCUUUUGAAUCUUAACAGUUCGUCUCCUAAAAUCAGCAAAUCUUUCAAGUUUGAGAAUAUAUGGGCUUCUUACCCGGCUUCAUUUUCAGUAGUGCAGAACGUUUGGAACAGAAAAUUUGUUGGUUCUCGUUCUGAUAUUCUUAAUACUAAAAUGAGAAGAACUCUGAAAACCUUAUACUUUUGGAGCAGGACAAAGCACCAAAACUUGGAACAAUUCAAGGAAACACUUAAAAGGGAGAUUCUACUACUUCAAGAGAAGGAAGCUAGGAAUGGAUUGCUAUCUUAUGAUGAAAUUUGUUUGCUGAAAUUCAAAAUUGGUGAAUUAAACUCAACUUUGUCUCUGUUAAGUACCUGGUGGAAACAACGGGCAAAAGUGAAGUGGAUUAAUGAAGGUGAUCAAAACUCUAAAUUUUUUCACUCUUUUGCUAGUGCUAGGAAAAAUGUCAAUUUCAUUGCUAGCAUUAAGGAUGAUUUGGGAAAUUUAUUUGAUAAUCAUAAUGAGAUAGAAGAAGUUCUGAUUCAUUAUUUCAAAAAUAAAUGGUCUGAAAAAAAUUGUAUACUCAAUGGUUGGCCGGAGAAUACAAAGUGUCCAGAUGAUCAAGAUAGAUUGACGCUUUGUAAAGAUUUUUCUAUAGAAGAAGUGGAAGAAGCACUUAAAGGAACUACAGCUUGCACAGCUCCAGGAGAAGAUGGUGUUUCUUAUUCAUUUUUUAAGAGUUACUGGCCCAUUAUUAAAUCAGAUUUAUGGAAAGCUAUCCAACUAUUCCUCCUUACAGCUGAUAUGAAUAAGAAUUGA